UAGGAGGUCCGAGCUGUGUGGAGAGGCUUGUGUUCCCUUGCAGGCACCUAAGUCGGGCAUCCCUGCAGCUUAGCAGAUCUGGAGGCCGGGCCUCGAGCCCAGACCCGGAGGCAGGCGGGGGCGGGGCCGGGAGGCGGGGCCGGACAGCGGACUAAGUAGGCUGGCGUCUGGGCUCCUUCUGAACCCUCUGUGGCUUCCGAGGCCGCCUGCAGCUCCGCAACCGAGACCCCUGCUCUGGGUCCUAUAAUGCGCCUCUGCCCGCUGCUGCUCCAGCUACUCGCGCUGUGGGGUGCGCACCCCUCGGCCGCGGCGCGCAGUCUCAGCCUGGGGGGAAGUUGGAGGAUUCGCAGCGGGAACGGCUCACUGGAGCUGCCUGGGGAGGUCCCCGGGUGCGUGCAUAUCGCCUUGUUCCAGAGGAACCUCAUCCAGGAUCCUUACUACAGAUUUAAUGACCUUAACUACAGAUGGAUCUCCUUGGAUAACUGGACCUAUAGCAAGGAAUUUCAAAUCCCCUUUGAGAUUAGCAAAUGGCAAAAAGUAAAUUUGGUUUUUGAGGGCGUCGAUACAGUUGCAAAAGUCCUGCUCAAUAAUGUUCUUAUUGGGAAAACAAACAACAUGUUCAAAAGAUAUAGCUUUGAUAUUACCCAAGUGGUCAGACCCCGAAACUCCAUUGAGCUGCAUUUCCAGUCACCAGUGUUGUAUGCGGAGCAGCAGAGCAGAGCCCACACUCUCUACGAGGUGCCCCCAAACUGCCCUCCGAAUGUCCAGAAGGGAGAAUGCCAUGUCAACUUCAUUCGAAAGGAGCAGUGUUCCUUUAGUUGGGACUGGGGGCCUUCCUUUCCUACCCAGGGCAUCUGGAAAGAUGUUAGGAUUGAAGCCUAUAACAUUUGUCAUCUGAACUACUUCACGUUUUCCCCUGUAUAUGAUAACCAUGCUCAGGGGUGGAAUCUUGAAAUAGAGUCUUCUUUUGAUGUUGUCAGCUCAAAGCCAGUCUCUGGUCAAGUGAUCGUAGAAAUCCCUAAAUUGCAAACACAGCAGACAUACAGCAUUGAACUUCAGCCUGGGGAAAGGAUUGUUAAGCUCUUUGUGAAAAUUAACAAGAAUAUUACUGUGGAAAGUUGGUGGCCUCAUGGACAUGGAAGCCAGACUGGGUACAACAUGACAGUUCUUUUUAAACUGAAUAAAGGCUUAAACAUUAAAAAAUCAGCUAAGGUUUAUUUUAGGACAGUGGAACUGAUACAAGAGCCCAUAGAAGGGUCUCCUGGUCUGAGUUUCUACUUCAAAAUUAACGGAGUUCCCAUAUUUCUGAAAGGAUCAAACUGGAUCCCAGCAGAUUCAUUCCAGGAUCGAGUAACCUCUAACUUGUUAGCCACCCUUUUGCGGUCUGCUGUGGAUGCUAACAUGAAUGCGCUGCGGGUGUGGGGAGGAGGGAUAUAUGAGCGUGAUGAAUUCUAUGAACUCUGUGAUGAACUCGGAAUAAUGGUAUGGCAGGAUUUUAUGUUUGCCUGUGCCCUUUAUCCAACGGAUCGGGAUUUCAUGGAUUCAGUGAGAACAGAAGUUGCUCACCAGAUCAGGAGACUGAAAUCUCAUCCCUCCAUCAUCGUUUGGAGUGGGAAUAAUGAAAAUGAAGCAGCUCUGAUGAUGAACUGGUACAGCAUAGACUUCCAACACCUGCACACCUAUAUCAAAGAUUAUGUGAAACUGUAUGUGAAAAACAUUCGAGAGGUCGUCUUGGCAGGAGACAAGACUCGUCCUUUUAUCACAUCCAGUCCUACAAAUGGAGCCAAAUCUGUUGCAGAAGGCUGGCUCUCUGCCAACCCAUAUGACAAGCAUUUUGGUGACGUACAUUUUUAUGACUAUACCAGUGAUUGCUGGAAUUGGAACAUUUUCCCAAAAGCUCGAUUCGCAUCUGAAUAUGGAUAUCAGUCCUGGCCUUCCUUCAGCACAUUAGAAAAGGUUUCAUCUAAAGAGGACUGGUCUUAUAAAAGCAGAUUUUCACUUCAUCGACAGCAUCAUGAAAAUGGUAACAAUGAAAUGCUUCUUCAGGCUGGACUUCAUUUCAAACUCCCUCAAAGCACAGACCCAUUACGUGCAUUCAAAGAUACCAUUUACCUUACUCAGGUGAUGCAGGCCCAGUGUGUCAAAACAGAAAGUGAAUUCUACCGCCGCAGUCGCAGCGAGAUAGUGGCUGGAGAAGGGCACACCAUGGGGGCACUGUAUUGGCAGCUGAAUGACAUCUGGCAGGCUCCUUCCUGGGCCUCUCUGGAGUAUGGAGGAAAGUGGAAAAUGCUUCAUUACUUUGCUCGACAUUUCUUUGCUCCACUGUUGCCCGUGGGUUUUGAGGAUACAGGAGUGUUUUUCAUCUAUGGAGUGUCAGACCUUCACUCGGACUGCAGCGUGACACUCACUGUGAGAGUCCACGCGUGGAGUUCCCUGGAGCCUCUGUGCUCUCACAGGACCCGGCAUCUUGUGGUGAAAGCCGGGGAGGCCGUUCUCCUCUAUCAGGAGCGGGUUUCUGAACUGCUGAGGAGAUGUGGGAAUUGUACACGGCAAAGCUGCGUGGUUUCCUUUUACCUGUCAGAGGACAGCAAGCUCUGGAGCCCAACCAACUAUCACUUCCUGUCGUCACUGAAGGAGGCCGUGGGGCUCCGCAAGGCACACAUCACUGCCAUCAUCUCUCAGCAGGAGGACACAUUUGUUUUUGAUCUGGAAACCUCGGCUGUUGCUCCCUUUGUUUGGUUGGACGUAGGGAGCGUCCCAGGGAGAUUCAGUGACAACGGCUUCCUCAUGACUGAGAAGACACGGACUAUAUUAUUUUACCCUUGGGGACCCACUAGCAAGAGUGAAUUAGAGCAGUCUUUCCAUGUGACUUCCUUGACUGAUAUUUACUGAUAGAAUCUGGGUUACACUCUCAGUGGACACCAAAAUAAAGCAUUUCUAAGGCACCGUCUGGCAACCAGAGCUGCAGGCAACCAGAGACGAGCUGAAGAAGCUGGAGGCAGGUGGCCGAUUUAUCACUAUGGAGCGUGUACACUCAGCUUUGCCAGGGAAGGCUGUUCCCUGGGGGGGCGGGCGUCCUCCGGCGAGACUGUGCUGGCUGUUCUGUGGUCUUUGCCGGAUGGUGAUUUUCGGGUCUUCCCUCACAGCUCUACCACCACACGCACCAGUUACAACGCAGCCGUCUCCCGCUACCCAGAAAAGCAUGUCCACACAGGUAGGCCUCUGGGGAACCACGGGAACAUGACCGCAGGGCUUCAGAUCGGGCUCAGCCCACUUAGCUUUUCAAUUCAAAGGAAUUAGAUUCAGACUUUUGACCCUGGCAGCAAAGUGGCAUUCUUUUUAGCUUUGAUUUAAAUCAUUUUACAGAUAUUGAUUAAUUAUAACAGGCUACAAAAUUACUACAAAUGCUCAUGUUCAUAAAAUCACACUGAGAAUAAAGCAAAUGGGACAAAAUAUGAAUAAGUGCCAAUCUGAGUGAAGGUAUGUAGGAAUGUUUUUGUGCUGAUUUUGCAACUUCCUGUAAAUUUGAAAUCAUAUCAAGAAUUAAAAUUUUCAUAAAUUACAUGA